UAUUUACUACAUCUACAUGUAUCAGUUGCUAUAACAACAAAUUGAUUUUUCAAUAUUCAAGCCAUGGAGAUACCUACAGGAGAAGAUGACCCAUCAACAGCAGCUAACCCUGACCCUGCCCCUGUCCCUAUCCCUGUCCCUACAGUGACCAUUGAGUUUGAUCUGGGUGACGGUGUGUGUGUGAGGAGUGACUGGACAAUACAGGACACAGUGGAGACCAUGAAGAAAAGGUUGGCACUGGAUCACAACCUCUCCCUAGCUGAUAUCACCAUCUCUUAUAAUGGUGAGCAGCUGUCUGACAGCACCACAGUGGAGGAGCUAGGCCCUGACUCUACUGGGCUCACACUGAUUGUAGGGGCACCCCCCACCAUCCCUAGCCUGGCAGUGGGUGUGGAUGAGGGCAGAGUGCGUGUAGAGAGAGAGGUGGUGGAGAAACCAUUCCUCGGUGGGUAUAGACACAAGCUGACGGGAGUAGAAUACUUCAACGCUUCUGCUCAGACCAUAAAGAAACUACGCCACAGUGGAGUGACCUGCUAUCAGAGGGACACACAGACUGUACUCACCAAGAACAAACCUCAGCAAGUACACACUGAUGCUGCAACACAAAUGAAUAAGACUGGUUGCUUUAUGAGUACUCGAGAUGACAAGGUGAUACUAGGGACUGGAGUGUAUGAGACUGCGGACAUGUACCAUUACCGCCUUCUGAGUCAUGUGAUGCUCUUACAACGACAAUGGCGUGCUUGGCUAGCACGUCGCUAUGUAAAAGGAUUACGUCGUGACAAGAUAGCGAGGGAGCUAUGGGAGAGACAGGAAGCAGAGAGAAGGGCCAAGGAACGCCAGGACAGAGCCAAGAGAGACUUUGAUAGACGAAUGAACCCACGGACUAAAGAGGACUUUGACCUCCUCUACCACGCCCUAGAGAUGUGGCGUUUGGAUGAGAUGAAUCGUAUCAACCAGACCACCAGUGGACCAGAGCGCAAGGCGGCGUUGUGUGAACUAUUGGAACAUGAAUCACAGCUCAUUGCCUCCAUUGGGAAACACAAGGCAGUGGCAGGCAAGGAACACAAGAGCAAAGCCAUACAAAGAUUCCUAGAUUCUGCAGCUGCUCCCAAACGCUGGACUGCCUUUGAUGGUGGACUGACUGAAAUGGACACCCAAUUUACCAUCAGAGCACAGCAACUACGGGACAUUUACACAAGCAUCACCAUGGAAACAGUGACAAGAGAUGAGCGACUGGACAUCCUGUUAACUCUGAAGUGUACUGUCAAGGAGCAUGAUUGCAAGCUGACCAGGGAGCUAGUUGAGCUGGUGGACAGAGAAGCAGACUUGUUGGUGAGGGAAUUGGACUCUGGGGACAGCCUGAAAGGACUUCGCUCCAGGAUAGCUGGUCUGUUUUUCCAGUACUGCAAAGUUCCCCUGUUCAAUCCAGAGGCUGCUAAACACAUCCUUGUGCCCCAAGACCCAGCAUCUCUGAGGGCCAACAUCUACUACUGCAAGUCAUGCUGUAAAUACUUCUCCUCCACUGAGUUUGAGCUAUCCACCAACUCUAGAGCUGUGGGGAGGUGUAGGUCUUGCAGGGAGCUGGACAACAGAGCCAGGGCCAGGGAGGACCUCACACUGUAUAGAGCCAUGCUCAUCACCAUACGUACAACUGAGCAGAGCUGUGGAGACUCCUCUACAGUUAUAUUCCUCAUGCAAGAGCCUGAUCUACGUCAUCUGGUGGAGGGUAUCUGGGCUGGUCAAAGUGCUCUGAGUGCUGAGAAAGAUUUAUUUGAGUUGGUGCUUGUGCGUUGGAACAAUAGCAUUCAAUGGUCCCCUUGGAACACAGUGUGUCUCACUAGGGAUGAGGCUAAAGCUCAUUGCAAGCUGAGCAAUGUGUAUGAGGCUUAUGGCUAUGAGUUUGUUCGCAAGGUCCACUAUCGCCAUGUGCUAGCUAAAAGCUACUUCUCCAGUAUACCAGGCAUGAGGGAUCACAUGACUAGCAAGGUGAAGGAGGUACCACUGCCAAGACCCAAGGAGAGGGAACUAACAGUCACUCUAAAACACUAACUAACACUAUAACACUGUGUGUGUGUGUGUGUGUGUGUGUGCGUUGUAUUGGUGAAAAUACUUAAAAAGAAUUGAAAAAAAAAAAAAUUGU